CCCCGGGUCAUAUGCCGGGGCGGGGCGGGCCUGUGCCCUGCUGCUCGGGGCUCCGCUCUCGGCUGCGAGGGUCUCGUCGCGGGGUUGAGCGGCACCGACUCUGUCCGUCCCUCUGCCCGGUGGCCCGCCCGUCCCUGCUGCUGCGCCAUGGCCCCCGCCGCGGUGGUCCGGGGGCUGGCGCUGGCCGCGCUGCUGGUGCUGAGCCUGGCGGGGGCAGCCCGGCAGGCGCGGAGGCCCAACGUGGUGCUCGUCCUCACCGACGACCAGGAUGUCUGCCUGGGCGGCAUGACCCCCCUAAAGAAGACUAAUGCUCUCAUUGCGCAAAUGGGAAUAACUUUCCUAAAUGCAUAUGUUCCCAGUGCGCUUUGCUGUCCCAGUCGAGCUAGCAUUCUAACGGGAAAGUAUCCACAUAAUCAUCAUGUUGUCAAUAACACUCUGGAAGGAAACUGUAGCAGCAAGUUAUGGCAGAAGAUUCAAGAACCAUACACCUUCCCAGCACUGCUCAAAACUAUGUGUGGUUAUCAAACAUUCUUUGCUGGAAAGUAUUUGAAUGAGUACGGAGCAGAGGAUGCAGGGGGAGUAGGUCAUGUCCCUCCUGGAUGGAGUUUUUGGUAUGCUUUGGAGAAAAAUUCGAAGUACUACAACUAUACUCUUUCAGUAAAUGGCAAAGCACGAAAGCAUGGUGAGAACUACAGUGUAGAUUAUCUCACAGAUGUACUGGCCAACAUGUCAUUGGACUUCUUGGAGUAUAAAUCUAAUUUUGAACCUUUCUUUAUGAUGAUCUCAACCCCAGCACCGCACUCCCCUUGGACAGCUGCUCCACAGUAUAUGAAGAGCUUUCAGAAUGUCAGUGCACCAAGAAACAGCAAUUUUAAUAUUCAUGGGAAGAACAAGCACUGGUUAAUUCGACAAGCAAAGACUCCAAUGACUAACUCUUCAAUACAGUUCCUUGAUGAUGCUUAUAGAAAGCGAUGGCAAACUCUGCUGUCGGUAGAUGACCUGAUAGAGAAGCUAAUCAAGAAACUGGAACUGAAUGGAGAACUGGACAACACGUAUAUCUUUUACACAUCAGACAACGGCUUCCACACUGGCCAGUUUUCUUUGCCAAUAGACAAACGGCAGUUAUAUGAGUUUGAUAUCAAAGUUCCAUUGCUAGUUCGAGGACCAGGGAUAAAACCAAAUCAGACAAGCAAGAUGCUUGUUGCAAAUAUUGAUUUGGGUCCCACUAUUCUGGAUAUUGCGGGGUAUGACUUGAAUAAGACCCAGAUGGAUGGGAUGUCACUAUUGCCACUGCUGAGAGGAGACAAAAAUGUGACAUGGAGAUCAGACUUCUUGGUGGAGUACCAAGGUGAAGGAUACAAUGGCAGUGAUCCUACCUGUCCUGGCCUAGGACCUGGAGUCACACACUGCUUCCCAGACUGUGUCUGUGAAGAUUCCUACAACAACACAUAUGCUUGUGUAAGGACACUGUCAACUUCCUGGGAUCUGCAGUACUGUGAAUUUGAUGACCGGGAGGUGUUUGUGGAAGUAUAUAACUUGACCGCAGAUCCACACCAGAUCAAUAACAUUGCUAAAACAAUUGAUCAAGAAAUUCUAGAAAAGAUGAACUAUCGAUUAAUGAUGCUGCAGUCCUGUUCAGGAGCAACUUGCCGUACACCAGGUGUCUUCGAUCCUGGGUACAGGUUUGACCCACGGCUCAUGUUCAGCAGUCAUGGUGUUCGGGCUCGGAGAUUUUCUGCACAGUCCUUACAAGGCACUUAAGAGCCUCUUGCAAUCAGCUCCCACUGAGCAGUUUCUCCAGUGACUGCAGCAGGUCUGUCUCUGUAACUCUCGUUGAUCGCAGCUGGAAGACUUUUAAUGGGCUAUCCAAACCCUGUUUGGAAGAAACCCCCUUGUCUUUAGCUGGUUGCCUUGUGCAAUAUGUGUAUCUUACAGCUGAACUCUAACUAAAUCGUUAGACACGGCUAAUCUGUCUUGCUCAGAUAGUUGAUUGCCACUUUUGUCUUUCAAGUAACUUUUCACAUCACAGACACAGAGGUGAACCUAUGCCUAUGAAUCUGAACAGUUUAUUUUGUUCUAAAAAUCAGUAAAUGCAUAUUUGAGUUGGAUUAGAUAGGCAGGUGCUAUUGCACAGUAAUGCUCACCCAUAUUCAAUGUCAGACUUUUUAGAGCUAUGUUUAAUUGUAGGUUUCCUGUAUCAAGAUCAAAGCUGUUAAUGACAAUAGCAAACUAGCCUAGAAUAGCGUAGGAAGACAGUAGUCAAAACCACAGGAUCUGACUAGCAAGUGUCUUGUACAGAAUUAAAAUCUGUAUGCUAAAUACUCUCAAUGAGACCACUUCAAAUGAGACCAAUGAAUUUUGUAGGACAUCUUUGGUAGCUUGCAGACAAGAAUGUAAUUUCAACCUCCUUCUAGUUUGAAAUGCUGGAAUGGGUUACUAUGUACUACUGAAAAAAACUCUUAGGGUUUAAUAUAGGCUUCUUAGUGAGUUAAACAAGAGUGUGGAGACUAACAAGUAUUCAAAUAAGUGUGCCUGUGUCUUGAGCUAACUCUUAAUUCUGUUUUAAUAUAUGAACAGAGGUAAAACUAAAAAAAGAUCCACAAAAAACCAAACUGGGGCACCACAGUAGGGUUGACCUGUCUCUAACAUCCAAAUGUCUUGUAUUGUCUAACAUCUUGCAUUGAUUAGAUUCUUGAAGGUAAAUUAUUUUGAAAGCAAUGAUUUAUUUAUUUUUAGCUAGUUUGCUCACUGGAAGUUAGGCUAAGAGAGCUGUUUUGGGCAGUUCACGUGCUUCAUAGAGUUGCUUUUUGGUUGAGACCUAACUACUCAGAACCUGCAGUAAGUGGCCUUCACACCAAAGGACUGCCUGUCAGACACCUGACUGCAGUAUGCUGUCACUUGGUUCCCCUUUGGAAGUGUGAUGUUGUCUUUUCAACCUUCUGAUCAGGCUCACCUUGAAAUGCAGCCAUCCUGUAUACCCAAACUUGAGUAUCUUUGGAAGUCUUGAAAAACACCUGAACUUGUGUUAGAAUAAACUUCUGUAUAGAUUCAUUGGCAAAACACCUUCUGGAAACACUGAAUUGUGUAUCUUUUGCAAGACAAGCUCAUGUUGCUCAUGGGCAAAUCAACUGUGUUAUCAGGCAAGAUGAUUGUUCCCUUGUCAAACAAACUAUGGCACAACUAUUUAGUCUUCGGGUUUGUUAUUUUGGAUCUUUUACCCAGAGAGCCUGAUGAUUUCAACUUCUGUCAAAAAAACCUUUCUACAAGUAAUUAAUAAGUAGGCAACGAAGUAAUGACUCUUUCAAACUGUGAAGGUGCAUAGCCCAGUGCACAGACCCACAAACUGGAUACAUCAAUGCUACAAGAAAAGUUGAACUUUCUUCACUUUUAAUUCUGAAGCACAGAAGUUUUCCUUCAUGUAGCUUAAAGUUGCAAACUUCUGUGGUGGUCUACAGGUUAGAUUUUUAUAGAGUUUUUGUCUUCAAUCUCACUCAUAGUUUCAAAUCUCUAGAGUGACCAAAUAUUUGGAGAAAAAAAAAUUACUUGAAAGGUAACUUUUCAGCUGGAGCAUCUGUAUAAAUGCAGAGGUUUUUGGAUAUUCAGACAACUUACAUGCUUUUGAAUACUCAGGACUUUUUUUUUUUUUUCUCCACUACAACUGUAGCUUUAUCCUGGUUUUUGUUUCUCAAGCCUUAGUAUUGCCCAUCAAUAUCUUUCAGACUCUGUUUUGUCUUCAAAAAACAAAACCAAAGUUGUUUUCAUGCUCUCAAGUGUUUACUUGCACACUGAGCUAAACCUCAAGUUCAUUUCUGUAGUGUUUUGCUCAGAUAACUCUAGCAAUGGAGACUUGUUCUUCAUUUAAACUUUAUUUUGGUAGCUGUUUGGAGGCUAGCAUGAAAUACGUUGAUUGCUGCAUGUUAAACCCUCGACAGUUCUAUCAAAUCUAGGUCAUGUGUCAAGUUCCCGCUUGAGUUAAGUUUCAGUGCAAGUAAUGUGUGUUAUGUUGCUUCUUAAUAGAAAAAAAAAACUGUUAUGGGUACAGAUAUGCAACUCACAGCACUAUCUUUUCUUAAAGUGAUCUUAAGCCAUAAUAAGGAAUCAUUCAAAAGAAAAUUUCACUUUUUGCCUAAUAACUAAUAUGAAAGUUGACAGAAUUGAUACAGGCUAUUCAGUACAUGUGACCAGGUGUUUUACCCAAAUUAAUACUUGCUAUCUGCACAUACCUGUAAAGCAUUUUGUAACUAGGCUUAAUAACUUACACACUCACUGUCUGAGAACCACGCUAUACAUGAAAUCUGUCGUAGGUAGUAAAUGUAUUAAAUUGAAAUUCAGAAUGAAAUUAGUCAGUCCUUACUUAACCAGUAAAAUACCUGCUUCACUCCCACUUUUGAUAAAGACUUAAGAACUGUUCAGCAAAAGCAUGUAGCUGAAGGAAGAACAGGAACUUGUCUGGUGUCUAUUUCCAUGAAGAGUUAAUUCUAAGUAUUUUUACAGCCUUGAAUGAACAGUGUUAAUUCUUAUCCUUGAUUAAAAAAAAAACCACUAUGAAGGAACUUAGAUCUGGAUAAGAGUCAAAUUCCCAACCAAGUGAUUUUAAAACUAAAUGGUCUUCCUGCAUGUUCCAUUUCAUAUGCUAUUUGGCUGCGACUGUAUCUGUACCUUGUCACUGAAGGCAUUUGUGUUAAAUGAAUGGGCCUUACUGGUACAGAGUUGGGUUUAGGUAAAAUGUGAUUAUUAUUUUUUUUGGUUAUUUAUUUAAUUUUUAAAUCGUUAUUACCAAAAGCAGAGCUGUGAAUUUUAAUGAUCUGAUCUGGAAAAGUAAAUAUUACACAGGGAGAAAUGCAGUUAAUAACUUUAUACAUUAUCCUAAACCAAAACCCACUCAGUAUCAUCACUUCAGCACAAGUGAAUACAGCAAGUACAUGCUUACCCAGCAUAGACCCAGUAAAUUUGGCUUUAUUUUGAGGAAUAAAGCUGUAACAAGAAUACAUACGUGCAAACACACACCCAAAGCAGGUAUAAUACAUUUUCAAUCAAGUUAAAAAACUUAAGUCUGAUUCUACAAGCUAAAUACAAAUUUCAUCAUAAUGAACCAGUUGUCAUUUAUUGUGAUUCAGUGAAAAUUAAUUUUAUUUGUAGUAUUCUCUGUCUGUAUGUGAGCAUACUUUGCUGUAGCAUGUUGUAAGCAUACUUCUGCUGUUUUGAACAUUUGUUUAGAAAGUGCCCUUCCAGAGGACCCUGUUCACUGCUGCACUUUUGGGGAAAGAAAAAAUAAACUGCCUAUCAAACUUCC